AUGACAAAAAAUUAUGACCAAAAUGGCGCAAGCGAAAAAAUGAAACAACUCAGCACCGCCGCAUCGAUAGUAUACCCGGUCUUUAAGAAACCUGAAGAACCAGGGCAUUUUCCGCUUCAGCCGUACAGUCAGCGGAGAGGAUCAUCACUUGCUUUGCCGAGCACUGGAUCACGCAUUCCGAGGCUAAAAAGCACCGAAACAAUCGGUGGGGUUUCAACAGCACGUUUAGCAUCUGCUGAAACAUUGGCUCGACAUGGCGUCAGGAUCACCAGUUUCCCGCACAAUACUGGUCGCUCGGAAAAAAAGUUAACAGAAGCAUCGCUUGCUCACUUAAGCCAUAUUCCGCGUUUGCAAAGACCUGCUCGGCGGAAGAAAUCAUCACCCAGAGCAACUAGCGCAGACAAGCGUGUGCCGAGAACAAGCAAGGAAGACAGCACCGGCCUUCCUGAAUCCGAAGAAACUUUAAAGGCAUCCCGGCAGAAACCGGUACUACAUGCGUCAAAGGCGUCCUGGCACAGAGCAAGCCCAGAAUCUUCAGCGGCACGUGUGGCUUCUGCCGAUUCUUUGAGGGCACACGGACGUAGCACGCCUCCAUCACGUAUCAGCACGGGUUUGGCGGAAAAACGUGCACAGCAGCGCAGUCUUGCAGAGGAGCGACGACAAAUCCUCCUGGACAAACCCACCAAAGAAACACCUUCAGAUAGAUCAGGAAACUCGUCCAAAUGCUGCAGCUUAGUGAUUGCUCCCAAGUCUUCAAGUGUUGUGCAGCAUCCUAGCAAGGAAUAUCAGAAAACAUCGCAUAAGCCAGAGUCAGCGCUCUCUGUAGCAGGAGCUAAAUUUAAGCCAGGUCCCAGUACUUGGAUAAGGUCCUCUGCGCGCCGCUCAUCCACCAAGUCACAGGUUAUUAUUUACUCCAGUUAA